AUGGAAGAUCCUCAGUGCCGCCCUCUGAUGGAAUCGGUCGGGUUUAAGAUUGUAAUCAAAGGUGAUAUUUACAGGAACUGGGCGGCGAAACGGAGCCGCGUGAUGGUGAAGGAAAAGAGGUCGAAUUUGACCCUCGAUUUCAUCUCCUUCUUUGGCAGUGUCCUCGUCUGUGGAGGAGGUUGUGGGAAGGGGGCAAUUAUCCCAAGUCGGAUCCAUCCAUCUGUGUCGAUCUCCACAUGUUCUUCAGUAGAUCGGUAG